GCAGUAUUAUAUAAAAACAAAAUCUGAGAGCCCCAGAGUCUCCUGCCGUCUGAUGUCAGUAUAAAAACCACAGCUGACCCAGAAAGCCCCAGAGUCUCCUGCCGUCUGAUGUCAGAUUUGAAAGCACAGGAGAGUUAAAGGAAAAGUCUGACCAUCUCUAAACUGAACCCAGAAGGACAACAACAUGCAGAUUGAUUGAUUGGGUAGAGGUCAUGUUUGGUUGGAUCCCCGGAUUGUCCUACCUGAUGUCAGGUGCAAAGGCCCAGGGGAGUAAAGAGAAAAGUCUGACCAUGUCUACGCAGAACACAGACAGACAACAUCCUGCAGUCCUACUCAACUUCCUCUCCAAAGUUGGACUGGAGAAAUUUUAUCCUAACAAACUCACUCUUCGGUCUCUCUUGAAGAUCAACAAAAACAGCAUACAUGAAGAAGCUGUCUCAUCUGUGAAGGACAUCCCAUGGGGUUUUCUUAGAAAACUAUUUAAACUCAAUUCUGAAUGCAGGAGCUGUACACAGUUAUCAGACAAUGAUGAUGAUGAUGAUUAUGACCCUUACACUGCUGAUGACCCUGCAGAGGAUAAUAAGGUCAACCCUCUCGACCUCAUAGUAGCACUCUUCCUUUGUGCAGACAGCUUCUUGCAACAGGAAAUGGCCCUCAAGAUGUCAAUGUGCCAGUUUUCUGUCCCACUGCUGUUGCCCCAUGGCAAUAACAGUCAGAGUACCCUGAUGCUUUGGGCUCUGAGGGACAUCGUCAAAGAGUGGCGUCCACAUCAUUUGUCUGAAUCAAGAGGGUUUGUCGAAAACAACAUUAUCCAAGCAGAUAUUCCAUUCUACUCCUUUGUGAGGCUGAAAAACUGCAGUUUAUCCAAGUCCCAGUGUUUGAAUCAUAUUCUCAGCUUUGGUCAGUACAACAACAAUAUGUUCAUACACGGAGAUAUGAAAGGAAUAGCACAUGAAAGAAAAAUUGCCAAUGGUUUAGUAGAGGUUUGCUGGUACCUUCCCAGUGGUACUGAAAAUCUUGACAUAUUUCCAAAACCAGUUGCAUUCGCUAAUUUGCGAGGAGACAUUUAUGAGUCACUCGCACAGUUCACGUUUCUUUUUCAAGUGUCAACUGCUACAUUUGUAUUCCUUGACAAAGUUGAAGAAGAGGAGCACAACGUUCUGACUUCUCUUCAAGAUGUCAAAUCCAAACUGUUCUUCGUUGUUAACCGCAAGGAGGGGAAUGUUACAGAGGAUAUGGUGUCUGUCGAGAGAACACAGAAAGAAUUGGACUUACCAAAGACCAGAAUAAAAAUCAAAGAUCCAAGGGUAAACGUUGCAACGUUUUCAGAUAAAUUGUGUACAGCCAUCAAGAAAUCACUGACAGAUGUAACAACCACAAUGACAAUUGAAAAUAUGCUUGAGAGAGCUGUUGAACUUGGUCUGUCUGUGGAUGAACGCACAAGUGACGACGAAAAGAAAGCAGCUCAGGAGAUUGUGAAAGGAAUUGGUGUGCAGCGUAUACCAGACUACAAGAACCAACAACUUCCUUUGCAAGGUGUUAACUGGAAAAGGUUAUCACAGUUAGAAAUGGAGGAAUGUAGGUUACAAGAACCUGGUGAUCUAGAACCAGAAGAAUAUAAAUCUCAGCUACAGGGAGAAAAACAACAGAUUAAGAAGGAGCUUGGCAAACACAAACUAUCACAUGCUAUGAAGAGUUUUAUUGACCACUUAUCUACAGCUGACAAAGACAAAAGAGAUUUUUUCGUAAAGUGGGUAAAACUUCAGCUUAAUGCACAUUUGCAGACUGCCAUUCAACUACCUUUACUGCGUCACAAGUUGACAGAGCAGAGCAACAAAGAGGAGAAAAACGUGAAAGAGAUUGCACAGCUGGAUCAGGCUUUGCUAGAUAGCUCUUUAGGAAUAGAGCAUUACAUGAGAGAGAUGGGGCUGAUCUAUGAGGUUUCCUUGCAGUCACAAGACACUGCUGAUAAAAUGUCUCAUCUCCCUGGUUUGGCUGCUGAAAUGCUGUUGGAUGGAUAUCCUUUAGAGCUCUUAGAUGGAGAUGCUUCUAACAUCCCAGAGAGAUGGGUGACGGAUGUGCUAAUGGAGCUUCACAGGAAGGUUGGAGAGAAGAGCAGAUUGUUGGUACUGACGGUGUUGGGUGUUCAAAGUAGUGGGAAGUCAACACUCCUCAACACCAUGUUUGGUGUGCAGUUUCCUGUCAGCAGUGGCAGAUGCACAAGAGGAGCUUAUAUGCUCUUCCUCAGAGUAAGUGAGGAUAUGCAAUGCCAGCUGAACUGUAACUUUAUAGUUCUCAUUGACACAGAGGGUCUUAAAUCUCCUCAUUUGGCGCAACUAGAGGACAGUUAUGGGCAUGACAACCAGCUGGCAACCUUUGUCAUUGGCUUAAGUGAUGUCACAAUUAUCAAUGUCUCAAUGGAGAACUCCACAGAAAUGAAAGAUGUCCUGCAAAUUGCAACACAUGCUUUCUUGAGAAUGAAGGAAAUUGGUAAAAAGCCAGUUUGUCAUUUUGUGCACCAGAAUGUUGGUGGAGUCUCAGCUCACGCAAAGACCAAGGCCGACAGAAAACUUUUCUUGGACCAGCUCAAUGAAAUGACCCAAAUUGCAGCCGAAAUGGAAAAGCAGCCUGCUAUAAAAGCUUUCACAGAUGUGCUGGACUAUGACAUGGAAAAAAACAAUUGGAACAUCCCAGGGCUCUGGCAAGGGACCCCACCGAUGGCACCAGUAAACACAGGUUACAGUGAAGCUGUAGCAGAUUUAAAGAAAAAUCUUUUGAAGACAGUAAAAAGAGACAAACGCUAUGAAGUCCCACAGAUUCCAGAGUUUCUAGAAUGGAUGAGAAGUCUCUGGAAAGCAGUAAAAUAUGAGAACUUCAUAUUCAGUUUCAGAAACACUAUUGCGGCUCAUGCGUACGACAAUGUCUGCAAAGAGUUCAAUCAAUGGGAAUGGGAGUUUAGAAAAGAGAUUCUCUCCUGGCAGACAUCAGCAGAGUGGGAUAUAUCAUAUGGUGACAACAAAUCUGAUCUCAGUCAUUUGUAUGAAUUAGUUCAAUCAAAAAAAUUACAGGUGGAAGAAAAAAUAGCAGACCAAGACAAACUAAUGAAGCAGAAACUGCAGGAAUACUACAAAAGGAAAGACAGACACGUGAAUCUGAUAGAGAAAUUCAAAACUGAUUUUUUCAACAGUAUCAGUAGUCUUGCAAAUGAAAUCCGACAAUCAGUAGACAAUAAAUUGGAUUGUGCACUCAAGCUAAGAAAAAGUUUAAAAGAGGUCCAGGACAUUCAAAGAAACAACAGAGGAAUGAUUGAAGAACAAGUUAUGAACCUCUUGAGAGACUGCAAACACCAAACACUGACUGACAAAGAACUGGAAGAUGAGUUUGAAAAGAUGUGGGCUGAAGUCACUGUAAAUGUGUCCGGUCUGAAAGAACAAAACAUAGAAGCAAGCAUCUUAAAACAGUUGAGAAAACAAUUCUUAAAUCAUAAUGUCAAUGAGGAAUUACAGAACAUUGGAGACCUAGAAGACAUUGUGAAGGAUCCAUUUAAGGCAAAAAAGAAACACUUGAAAACAAACCUGCCCUUGAUAAAAAAUAAGGACACAAAAAGAGAGUUGCAGAGCUUUGUAGACAGUGUUAUUGAGUCUUGCACACGGUUUGUCCAUGAUGCUGCAAAAACAGACACAGAUUACAAUGAUUCUUUUACAAGGGAGCUUCUGGAAAAAGUGGAUGAAUCGCUGAAACAAUACUCCAAGGAUUACAAGCCCAAGUUUGAGUUUGACCUGAAACUUUACAUGUGUGGCAUUGCCUCAAGAGAGUUCCUUCACAUGCACAGAAAAUUCUUGUCAAAUAGGGAUCCAAAACGCCAGCUGGAGAAGUACAAGCCUCAGUACUUGUCAGAUUUUAUCGAUUUAUACAAACAGAGAGAUGAUUGCCAACGAAAAGCAAAGGAUUUUGUCAGAUGUUGUAUCAAACCUGCUGUUGAAGAGUACAUCAGUAGAUCUCUGGGAAUACAGAUUUUGGAUCAGAUUUUGACAAGUUGCCAUUCAGCAGAGUACAGUUCACGCUCCUUUUUCCAGUACAACAUUCAGAAAGAGUUGCUGCAAAAGGAAGACUUUGAGAGUUUUGUCAAGUACAUUUGUACGUAUGAGAUAUAUGUUAAGGAUUGGAUAUUUCAGCACGUUCUGCGAAACAUGUCAAUAGACAAAACUUUGUGCAAACUUAAGAAUAACAAUCUGCAGGUCAUAGUUCACAAAAUAACAGAAGCAAGAGAACGAGCAUCAAAAGGAGAGGAUGGUGUUCUGCUUCCAGAUAACCAGGAAAGCAUCACAAAGCUCAUCGACAAAAUGCGCAAAUAUUUGAUCAAAGACAUCUCCAUUUCUGUGGAGGCUGAAAGAAGCACUUUGUUUCAAAUCCAAAGCACAUGUCAUCCAUUUACAAAGAGCCUCAUUAAAUCAUUGGGUGAAUUAAAGGAACAGCUGCAGGAGGAAUUCUCAAACUCUGACGACAUCACUGAGACUCUGAACAAACUUCCAAUCAAACCACAAGAUGAGCUUUUCAAGCGGAUGUUUGGCUGUGGACAACAAUGUCCAUUUUGUAAAGUUCCUUGUGAGGCUGGAGGCAAAGACCACAAGAAACAUCAUGCAGCUGUUCAUCGGCCACAAGGUCUUGGUACAUACAGGGUUGUGGCCACUGAGAAGCUGGUUCCAACACUGUGUACAACAGAUGUGCACAGUAAACGUAAAUUCAAAAACGCAGAAACUAAAUGGGUGUACCAUCCUUAUAAGGAGUACACAAAGUACUAUCCAGACUGGCACAUUCCUCCUGACUCCACCAUUGAGGCAUCGGACUACUGGAAGUAUGUCCUGGUUCAAUACAAUGAAAGAUUUGCUCAGGCAUACAAAGCCAAACCAGCUGAUGUUCCAGAGGCCUGGAGGAGCAUCACAAAGGAACAAGCACUGAAGGGAUUAAAAGAUGCAUUCAACAUUAAGUGAACAACGUACAAUCCUGAAAAUAUCUUUUAAACAAACCAACAUUUAAACAUUUAUUAAAUGUCCAGAGAAUUCCAAAAGGAAAAGGGAACUGAAGUAGGGCAUUAAGAAGAGCAAUCAGUCAAAUAAAAGACUACAAUUUUAUCUUUACUUAGAAAAGUAAAGAUUUUUUAGUAUAAUUCAGUGUAAUUAAAACAACUUUUUUGAAAUGUUUUUGUUUCCAUUUUCAAGAUGCUAUGUGUAUAAUGACCAGUGUGCACAAAAGUGAAAAUGAUGUACAUAAGAAAACGUCUGACAAAAAAUAUAUGGCUAUGCACAGUAAAACUGGUGUGCACAAUAAUGUCAAUAAUAGAGGAUUUAGAUGUUUUGUUAUAGAGCAUGGUUCAUUCAUUGUGACUUUGAGUUGACUUUCUAAAAACCAUGUUUGCAAAGAAAAACAAAACAGAAUUAGUAAAUAACAAAUAUUAAAAAUGAGUUUUGAUGCAGACUUGCUUUUUUACUUUACUUUCAUAUUACCACUUUUUCUUGUUUUAUUCUUUUUUUAAAUGAUAUGUUUAAUAAACUAACAGUGACUUGUGUGCACAUCAUAAUGAUGUGUAGGCCUAAGUACAAAUACCAUGUGAUGAGAUUGUUUUACUUACUUUUAUUAUUAUAAUUUACUCAACUAUUUACAUUUUUAUAGUUUUAUUCUCAACAUUUGUUGCUAAAUGUAACAAGAAACAUUUUUAUGUUUGCUUGAAGAAUACAAAAAAUAGCAUGUAAAAGCUGAUCUGACAUGCUCUUAUGGUUUUCUAUUAUCCUUUUUUGUUGUGUUUUUAAUUUAGUUUUAUUAUGAUUACAGCUCUAUCUGUAAUAACUACUGCUAAAGAUGCUGAUGUUGUAGAUGAUGAUGUUGAACUACCAAAGCCAUGUGAAACAGAUGUUUUCUAACAUGUUAUCUUUGGUAUUAUUUUACUUCUAAUAUGUAGAUACAAAACAGUUGUAUCUUUUGAUAUUUAUUUGAUAAGUCAGUGAAUGAGAAAUAUUGAAACACAAAUCACUUUUUCCUGACCUGCUUUGUUUUUACCUUUUACAAAUUUACCAUUUUUUUCUUGUUUUAUUGCUUAUAAAAAGAUGUUAAACAAACUUACAUGAUGACUAGCGUGCACAGAAAUGAUGAUGUAGGCCUGAGUACAAUGACCAUGUGAUGAGAUGUUUCACUUACUAUGUUACUACUUUUUAUUACUUAUUCCACUAUUUACAUUUUUACAAUUUUAUUCAAGAUUCUUGCUAAAUGUAAUCUGAAAAGUAAUUGAUGUGUGCUUGGAGAGUACAAAAAACAGCAUUAGUUGAAAUAUAUACAUGUUGAUGCCAGUGAUUCAUGUGCAAAUACUGUGGCAUCUUUUCAAAUGUUGUUAAUGAUUAACUUGUUACCAGAUGAUGAUGUGUUGUUGAACAAGUAACAAAGAAGUUAAAAAGCUGGAAAUGCUUUGUGAUCUCUAACUCAAAUGUGCUUUUAUUGUUUAUGAUUAUUCAUUUUUGUUUUGGGCUAAAGAUGACUUUGUUGAUGAUGUUGAACU